UGAUGAGUUCUGUUUGUUCUGUCACACCUUUCACGCAACGGCACCAGUGUAUGUUAUAGCCCGCACUCAUUUUCUGCACUGAAUCAAGUACUGCAAUGUAUGUCUUUUAAGGAUGGAGGAAGAAAUCAAUUAUUCUACAGUGUUGUUUAAAAAUGGUGGUCCAGCUCCAAAGGAGAAAAAAGAGGACCUCGCAAUUUAUUCUGAAGUAAAACAUAAAGGUCCUGCUAAUACUGUACCAGAGAAAAAAGAGGACCUAGCAAUUGAUUCCGAAGUAAAACCUAAAGGUCCUGCUGCUCCUGUACCAGCUUUCACAUUUCAAGCAGAUGGUGAAGCACCUGCAAACCAUCACUUUCGUAUGUUGGCUGUGUGUGUGGGGAUACUCUGCGUACUCCUGGUGGCGAGCAUAAGUAGCAUCAUCUACAUCAGUGUGGUAAUGACCGAACAGAAAGCAAACUUAAUGGCCCUCACAGCAGCGAAUCAGCAGCUGCUCACUGAGAGGAACAUCUUAGGCAGAGAGGCAGAGGAGCUGAGCAAAGUCACAGACAAUCUCAACUGGACAUUGAGAGUCAUCCUGAAAUUCAGCAACUUUCCAGUAAAUGAAUACUGCCCAGAAAAGAAGUGUCAGCCAUGUAAGAACAACUGGAUUAUGUUCCAGGGAAAGUGCUACCUGUUUUACAAUGAAGACGCUCCUUGGAAGACAUGGGGACAAAGCCGAACGUAUUGCCAACAAACAGCAGCAGCAGCAGCAGAUCUUGUUGUAGUUGAUAGUCUACAAGAACAGGAAUUCAUCAAUAAUCACACCAAAUACUACUAUGAUAAAUACCAUGGAUACUGGAUCGGAUUAAAUGAAACAAACAAAAACUGGCUCUGGGUUGAUGGACGAAAUGACACUCUAAGGUACUGGAUUAAAGAGGACCUUGGUACACUUGGUCCAUGUGCACUGAUGAUCCCGUGGAAGAAUGCUACAGACAGCUGGGACCCAGCAGACUGUGAAAUGAAUAACAAAUUCAUCUGUGAGAGUGAAGUUCUGAUAAAGUCUAAUUAGUUAGCGCUUAUGCUGCAUGCAAAACUGCAUUUCCAAAACUGUCACUAAUUUUGGAAAAUUCAAACAAAUAUAUAACAAUAAUAUGAGGAAUGUUUCUGAAAUAGAUUUAGGACAAAUUAAUUUGUAAGUGUUUUGUCUACUUGUAAUAUUGUUUAAAAAGUUGUAUGAAUAUGUAUUUUAUUAGCUACUUUCAUGUGUUGUUUUGAACAGAUGUCUAGUAUCUAGUAUCAAGAAAUGAUGACAAAACAAUUUCUUCCACAUCUGUUUGUAUUCACACUCACUGGAGCAGAUUUCCAUUGGAGAUUAGGAUUCUCAAUAUAAACGAAAAGCCCAGCUACCUCCGAUUUGUAAUCAUCUUUGAAUUAUGGCUAGAUAUCAGCGACCUUUGCUGGCGAGAUACUGUACAAUGUACAUCCACAAUAUCAAUAUUUAUUCAAGGUAGUACGAUUGAAUACAAGUCAGUGGAAAAUGUACUCACUGCUCACUCUUUCUUAUGAUCAUCCAAAAUUCAAAAUCCUUUUUGCAAGCAAGUACAUUUACACCAAAUAUUUACAAACUUAUGCAACAAAGUUCUGUUCCUGUGGCAAGUUGCUGUACGCAAGUCCAGAAGUCCCUGCUGUUACAUAAUGACCAAUGUGUCUGAAUGUGUUGUGCAAAAAAAGACAAAAAAGGUCAUGGACCUGGGCUCUUACACUCCUUGACAUUUACUUUUGGCCUAUACUCAAUCAUAAUCACAUUUUAUAUUGUUUUAUAUUAUUAUAUCCUGUAUUUCACUAUUUCUUUGUUUUUAUUGCUAUUACUUGUCAUUACUAUUUUACCUUUCUUAUUAUAAUUUAGAUCAUUAUUCUACUUUUCAUUAUUUUUGUCCCGUCUUCUUUGUUUUGUAUAAACACUAAGCUGCAUUUAUGUCAUAAAUUGUGCUAUAUAAAAACCAAUUAUUUUCAUUACUUUUGUGAGUCAUGAAGAUGGUGGUAUUAUAUGAAAAUGAAUCCGGUGUAUACCUUUUCUGUUACAUUUUCACUCUUCUUGGGAGUACACCAGUCUUUGUUGCACUUUAGCUUAAAAUUAUUAUGGAACAAAACAUGCUGUUAUGAGGUAAUUCACCUCCAGGUUCAUUGCUUGCAUCGAAUACAUCAGUUGAGUCAAUCUGUUGUAAAGUAUUGAGACAAACUGUUAGCAGAGUUUGACCUUCCCGUCACAAACUUUCUCCAUUUCUGUGAUUUAUGUAAUCUGUUGCAACUGAGGUUAUAGAAAGUUCAGUUAUUAGUUGUGAAAAAACAAAGAAAAAAAUAAAUAAGCAUCUGAAGUACUCAUCUCUAAUUUAAAUGAGGAGCAUUAACAAUGUCAGCUUUUUAAAUUAUUUAUUCAAGGAGGUUGCUCAGAAAUGUUCUUCACGAUCUAUCUAUAAAAUGUAAAGUCUGUACAUCUGAAAGAAUUACAAGUGCAGUUUGAUGUGUCACGUCAUUUAAUUUGUAUAUAAAGUUCAGAAUCUCAUGUGCUCUUCCAUGUUUUACCUCCUUUGAAUAAAAUAAUGACCCUUGUCAAACA